AGCAUGAGGAGCGCGCGGACCUCGCGGCACAUUUUGACGAGUCGCCACUUUUUUUUUCCGCGCAUAAGUUUCCUUCCUGAAAGUUUGGGUGAAGAGGGAUCUACUGCAUGUAUUCAAGGCGAUAGAGGUGCUAGCAGAAGAUGUAGCAUGCAAGUUCCAUUUCUAUUCCAUGUGUAUGUCUUCUUCACCGACGACGACGUCUGUUUGAAGUACUUUAAAUGCUUCGCAACGCAUUUCCGUUAUGCGAAGUCCAACUUUCUGGUUUGUCGUCGUGCAGUGGUGGGUGCCUGUCCAAGAUAACGGAGAACUGAUUCUCAGACGGUCUGGUUACUGCAAUGAAUGGUAACACUGUCCAUCCAGCCAACACCACCACCACCACCGCCACACCGGGAGGAGGGGAAGGCGGAGGCCCGGGCCUGGCAGCUCCCCCUAGAGGCUGGAGGGAGUUUUGCGAGCUGCACGCUAUAGCCACUGCGCGGGAGCUGGCCCGACACUAUGGCAGCUUCGCCAGAGAGCAGCCGCCGCAGGACGCCAUCACACCAGAGACCUUCUCCAAGCAGUUCACCCAACUCUUCCAGCAGCACUUUUGCUACGAGGUGGGCAAGGAUGGAGCAGAAGCCCUCCACCCCACCGUCGGUUGCCCCGCCGCAAACGAGAGCAGCCCCCCCCCCGCUCCGGUGGGCCUUCCCUUCCCUUCCCCCCCGCAGGCCGUGAUUGGCUGCCGGCUGGCAAACAACAACAUUAACGCCCUGGACUACCGGGAGGCGAGGCGGCUGAGUGGCGCCUCGCUCUUCGCCGUUCUCCCGCCAAAGGCUGAGGCUCACGCGCCGAUUCGGGAGCAGGAGCUGCCCCUGCGCUGUUCGGCGCCCAGCCCCAUGUCGGGGAGCCCGGGGGCGCUCUUGGGUCCGAUGCGCGGCGGCAGCAGGGUCUUGCCGCUGAUCCGCAGCCUCAGCAGCGAGGGGAUCUCUGGGACGGAGCGCUGCCAGGCCACCGAACGGUACUCUUGUGACGCCACAGGCUCUGGGCCCGCGCACGCCGAGGUCACACACUUCUCGGUGCGGCACAUCCAACAGAGCGUGAGUGCACUCUUCAAGAGCCGCCCCGUCCCCCCGGCGCCACACCCCGGCGCGUCCCCCCUCAGCGCCGACGCCGGCGGUCCGCGCGUGAACGGCGACAGCGUGGGAGGAGUGUCUUCAGCGGCGGAGGAGGAGACCCCUCUUUUAGCCUCCUCUCCAGUCACCUCCUCCUCCUCCUCCUCCUCCUCCUCCGGCUCCAACCCUGAAGCCACGGCCCCCAGCAGCCCGCAGCGCAGGUCGAUGGGGGCCGCUCAGUUCUUUGAUCGCUUCCGUUGGAGACGCAGCGGGCUGCAGAGGCGCGCGGAGGCGAGCAGCUGUUGUAAGGAGGGUCAGCUGAGGUACCUGCUGGUGGAGGACACCAUCUCGGACACUUCGCCCCUCUGGCAGCGCUGCCGCCUCCUGGUCAGGAGGACCAGGGACACGCACGGAGGCGGAGGGGAGCGGUACCAGCUGGAGCUUUAUGAUCCUCCGAAGGCCUCCAGUCCCAAGCUCUCAGCCCGAUGCUCAGACAUCCUUCAAGUGAGACGCUGCAACCGGCUGGAGAUGCCCGACAAUCUCAACACGUUUGUUCUAAAGGUUAGUCACUAUCCAGGAAGUCUGAUAUUCGAGACGGAAAACGAUCAGCAGGUCAGCUCCUGGACCACAGAGCUUAAAGAAUGUAUCAGCAACAGGCCUUUAAGUCUGGAUCAGGAGCCCCUCCCCUCGCCAUCAGACAACUCGGUCCCAGCCAAUCACAGAGGGAACACGGACACAGGAAGUCAUGGCCCCUUGACCUUCGCCUUGCCAGGGCUGUUGUACCACAAGACGGAUCACUUUCUGCGUCCCUACCCAUGGUUCCACGGGCACAUUCCGCGGGUCAAAGCCGCCCACCUGGUGCAGAACUCGGGCCUAGAGGGCCACGGAGUGUUCCUGGUCCGACAGAGCGAGACCCGCAAGGGGGAGUACGUGCUCACGUUUAACUACCGGGGCAAAGCAAAGCACCUGCGUCUGUCCCUCACCGAGCUGGGCCAGUGCCGGGUGCAGCACCUGCACUUCCACUCCGUCAUGGAUAUGCUCAGCCACUUCCGCGUCUGGCCCAUCCCGCUGGAGUGCGGCGCCGCCUGUGACGUCCGUCUGUCCAGCUUCGUGGUGGCCGGGUGCAGACCCGCGCAGCAAGGCCAGGUCUCUGGUGUGGUCCUGGUCCCCUUCUCCCUGCAUCGCUGGAGCUCCGAGCCCAGCUUGGCUCACUGCAGCCUGGCUAGGAGCCCCAGCCUGCCCCCUCCACUGUCCUCCAACGCAACUACAACGGCCGCCCCCGCCGCUCCUAAUAAUAAUAAUACCCCGGGGGGCGGGUCCCAGGCCAGCCAGCCCCCGGGGCCGCCACGCCCGGCCCACCUGGGAGCGGCCCCCACGCUGCCGGCCCCCGGGCCCCUGAGGAGGAGCGGAUCCAUGGGACGAAGGCCCCUCCUGCGUCACCCGCACCCCCCCCUCUUCCCCCAGCGGGACUCAGACUAUGAACUGGAGCCUGAGAGAGGACGCAAGCGUGCCAUAGACAACCAGUACAUGUUCGUCUGACCUAAUGACCCCCCGCGCUGCGCCGGGCUUCACCCACACCCGACAGAGCAUCACACACGACACCUCACAACCACCAACACCACACUUCUUCCUGCCAGCCUUCUGGGUGCAUGCCUGUAUGUACGCUGUGUUUGAAUGCAUUUUUAUUUUUUUUUUCUUUUUGUGUAUGUGUGUGUGUGCGUGUCUGUGUUUGUGCGUGUGUGUCUGUCUGUUUGUGUGUGUGAGAGAGCGAGAGAGAAAGAGAGAUAUUAGUUCAUAUGAAAUUAUCGUUGUUCACAGCAACACCCGUGAACUAGAGCUUAAAUCAAAACAAAAAAAACCUAAUCAAUAAGCAGCUUUGUGUCCAACAUGACCAGUGUUGCCACAGUUACCUUGAAAAAGUAAUCCGAUUACUGAUUACUAGUUACUCCUUAAAAUAGUAACUUAGUUACUUAACUGAUCACUUUACCCCCCCUGUCAACAAUUGCUUCCCCCCCGUCAACAGCUGGUCUUCCAACCCGGUCAGCAACUGGUCUUCCACCCCCCACCCCCCCGUCAACAAUUUUGCGCAGGGGGCUGGUAGGGGGGCAUCAGUACGUCUUGUAUACAGGGCCCAGAAUUUGGUGCUACGCCCCUGGGUGCACACCCUGCUUUUCAACCUUUAAUGCGUAGACAAAAUAUCACUGCGCUUUACGAGGCGAUCACCGGAAGCAGCUCCACACACACACACGCACACACGCAGCACCGCGCGACUAAUUCCGCCGCUAAUAACAACUGGUGGCGCGUGCUCUGGAGAAUCAAGGUCGACACACGCCUCUGAUAGAUUGAAGUCUUUGGAGACUUACGCUUCCCACGCACAUGCACUCUCACACAAACAGACGGACAGGCAGACAGACAGACAGACAAACACACACCACUCCAUCGCCCUCAACGCCAAUCGGUGAUCUGGUAAAAAAAUAGUAACGCACAGUGACUUUAAUCUGAUUACUGGUUUGGAAAUAGUAACGCGUUAGAUUACUCGUACUGAUAAAAGUGGUCCGAGGCCAGUAACGCGUUACUGGCAUCACUGAACAUGACACACACACAAAUACACUUGGUGCUGGGUGUUAGUGUGUUUCGGCAGAGAGUUGGGUACCAACAAGCUCUAUCAGAUGGGUCCACAAUGAAUGUACCUUUUUUUAAAUUGUAUUAUAGCAGGGAAUAUAUUCCUGUUUUUCAAGGAUACUGAGGUAAUCCAAAUCUUAUGUUGAGAAGUUGAUCAAACACUGGCUCAGCCAAUCAUCCUCUGAUGUCCCUCUCUUCUGUCUUAAGUCCUCUACAUAGUGGAUAGUAUUGUACGUCCCCUUCAGGUGUGUGUGUGUGUGUGUGGGUGUGUGUGCAUGUGUGUGUGGGUGACUUUAGCCUUGCCAAACACCAUGCCUGCAAGCCAGUCACCAAUGUCUGGAGGUAGUUCCCCUAGCUCUACGUAAGCGAUACAAAUUGAAAAUCUCUUGAGGUAAUCGUGAUGGUCACAUCACACUGCCAAUUCUCACACCCACAUCACCCACGUGUUUGUUUGUGUUUAGCUCAGACAGCAUAUGAAACACUCCCCUUCAUUAAACAAAUACGCAAUUACGCUAUGAACUAUGGUGGAGGCGGCCGGGGAGAUAAAGCCAAGGAAGUCUCACAUUGCCUUUUUUCAAAACGAUCAAAUAUAUCAGGGAUAAUCCUCCACGCCAACAAGACGGAGUGGCACUUAAGGUGCUCGACGCAACUCUCUGGGCUUUGUACAGCGCCGCUGUGUGCUGCCAUUUUUGUAUGACCAGGCAAUCAGUCACAGUAUUGAUCAGUCACAACUUGGGUCAAGGGUGUGAAACAAACACACAGCGCCCUCAUCUGUACCGUCUCUCCUGUUGUAUUGUUUUCUCAGUUAGCAUAAUUUUUGUCAUUGAAUGAAUGCACAUGAUUCCUUAACAGUGGGUGUAUAGAGGGUUCCUAUAAACAACAUGGACCCUCACUCCACUCCAGGGACUGUUGGGAGUGUUUGACCUGUGUUUGACCUCUUCACACCUCUAAAAUGUUUCUGAAAAGCAUCUACAAUGUUUGAUUCCAAAUUCCAAUGAGGUGUGUUUUAUUUUCCCUUUGGCUUCCAACGGCUCCUAUUCCACCUUCACCUUAGUUUUUAUUGUCUAUUUAUUGUAGGGAGCAAUGGGUCACACAUUAUGCACCUACCAGUUUUGUUAUAAAACUGAAGUAAGUAAACAGCAUUUAAGGGGGUACUGUCUGUAAAUGUGACUCACAGACUAGAUAUAUGCCUUAUAUAAAUGUGCCACAUAGAACAAUAAUAAAUAAAAUGAAUGCAGGUCCAUUUGGGCGAAAACUCUGGACAUAAAAAAGUGAACAGGAAGUUUUUUGCAAAACCAUAACAAGCGCUUUUCCUUCCCAUGUCUCUUAGUAUCCAUCACCCUCACCCCCCUCGAUCCACAACGCUUAACACUAACCUAGCUCGAUUAGUAGUAUAUGCUUGAUUCAUGAUGAAGCCUGCUCACUCACUGUCUCUCUUCCCCGCCGUGCAGUUCUUAGGUCAGGUAACUCAAGGUCCGUGUUCUCCGACUGGCUGCCCGUUCUUUCUAUCACACAUCGAUGUUUACUUAAUGAAUCGUACAAUGGUUGUAUUGUCUUAAGUGUUUUUGCUCGUCAUCACAAUUGUGAGUGAAAUCGUUCAGGUGUUUGUAACAUUGGGAGGGGUCGGAAUCAGAACAAAGAUGAGUUUGGACAAAGUACGGUUGUCUUCCCUUUUGCUGCGCUUCAUUCUGAACGCCCGAUGGAUCCUCGUUUGUCUAUUGGGUAUUUUCUCUGCAUAAAUGUUCAAAAGGAAAGCAACGGUAGUGACACCAACAGCCUUGUGUAUUCCAAUGCCUUUUUUUUUCUUUUCUUUUUUAACAAGUACAUUUUCCUAAACCAUGACAGACUUCCAAUCAAGCUAUAUAGAGAGCUGAUCAUUUGUAGCAUUAUUGUAUAUAUUGGAGGACAUGACCUAACCAUGUGAGUGUGGUUAGUUUUAAACUUGAGAACAUUCCCACAUACUAGGGUGUUGACGUUCAGGCUUUCAGACAUUUUGCCCUCUCCAAGCUCCUAACGGCAACCUUUGGUCUGGUGUGCGACCGUGUGCGUUUGAAAUGGUCCAGUUGAUGAAUGUGUGUUCUCAAUACUGUUCAUUCUGUGUUUGUUAUUCAGCACUGUAAACAUUCCACGUCAUUCUUCCCUCCUAAACAAUGACAUGUCAAAGCUUUGUAGUGGUUUCAAUAGCUUGUGUUCACGUCCCCUUUGACUUCUAAAUUAUAUAAAUAUAUAUAUAUUAUAUAUACAUAAACUGUAUAUUUGACGUUUUGUAAAAUAAAGCUAACCAAAAAUCAUUGAUUGUGGUUGAUUUUACCGUAUCAUUUUUAAUUGUCCUUUUUAAAGAUUUUGUAGAUAAUAGAUUUAAACCGAUUAAAAUGCAUUAUUGGCUAAAGUAAUACAAGUUACUUGUAUAAGAAUACAGGCACAUGUGGUUUAAAAAUGAUCAGUGUUGCCAGUUACCUUGAAAAUGUAAUCCGAUUACAGAGGUUGCAGAAAAAAUAUUUUAUUUAAACGGCCACAACCUAAGGUCAACGACGUUGCGAAAAAUAAGUCAUCGUAAUAAUUGUUCCUUAUUAAAUAAUGUAAGCAUUAAAACAAGGAUCACACCGACACAAUAAUUCAGUUUUUAAAACUUUUUUAUUGUUUUUUUAUUUUUUUUACUGAUUUUUUAAAUUAUUUAUAUUAUCUACAAAGUAAAAGUUUCUUUUUUUAACUUAAAAGUUACAUAAUGGUCGGGUGAGAAGUGGGAUCCAAUCACCUCGGCCAUCAUCGUUUCAUAAAUAACUGUUCUCCUCGUCUUCGGGCGCCAAAAAACGACUUUAAUAGUUGUGAUUUGGUUAGAAACUUGUCAUGUAACUGGAAACAAAUGCAGCACAUAGCAGCAGCAGCAAUAGUUAAACAGUAGGAUUAAUACUGUCUAGAAGUUGGAAGAUUUUUUUUUUCCAUAACAAGGUGCAGACAAAUACGUUAAGUUCCAGUUCUGUUAUUUACUCUCCGUUAAUUGCUUACUCUCUCUUGCUCCUCGCUCGGCAAGCUGACUCGAGUUUAAACUCCGUUAGGGACCCUCUCAAAAAUGUGUGUCGACGCUGUUUUUCUUUUUUAACGGUUAAGUCUGUAUGUACUGCAUAUCUGUGUCUGUAUGCCCAUAUCUUGAACAGCUAACAGGGCCAUAAAACAGUCGGUUCUUCCCGUUAAAUAUUAAUCUUGUUAAAAGGUUUCGUCACUGCAUCAAUCUGUUAACAUUCUCUUAUUGCCUAGAC